AUGAAUUGGACAGGAGGCCGUCUUUAUAGACAUUCCAACACUAGCCACAAUGCAGGUUCUAAGAAACGAAAUAAAGAUCCUCAAAGAUUCCGAUCCACCAUAACCAAAGACUCGAAUUGGAUCCCUUUCUCCCAGUUUCCUAGUUCCAUAGCUACAGGGACACCGAAAGAAGAGCAAGCGAAAAAGAUAGGUGACAGUGACACACUUAGUGCUAGGCCUUCCCAUCUGCAACCCGCUCGAUACGCAGAUACAUCUGUCGAACCUUCUCAACAAUCGCAGUUCGUCGGCCGUGUGGACCGUGUCAAACACCAGCUGCUAAAUACGAAAGAUUGGGCCGCAGUCGCAGUUGCAAAGCCACUCGAAGUAGCAUUCACACAAAUCGAGGAGAUCGAAAGAUUUGGGAAGCGACGAAAGCUUACAGACGCCGAUCGGAUAAGACUGGCUGGUGCUGAGAACAAUGUUCCUUUGAUAGACCGGCCGUUCUGCAAAGGUGGUGGCAGGAAUACGCCGUCUGAAAUGAGAACGAUCAAAAACCUCAACAUCACAAUUAAUGGACGCAGUGUGCCGGUGGAAAACUUGCCAGCACAAGCCAGCAGUCUCCCAACAAAUGCUUCUACACAGUCAAUGCUUUUAGUCAGUGAAGGGUCAGCAUAUUCCAGAAAUCCCGAAACAGCAAAACCAUCUAGUCCCCGAAAUGUCGGAGAAUACUUUGAUCAAGACUCUGUCAAUCUCAUUCACCCAAAAAAGUCUCCCUCGUGUCCUAUGUCUCCCAAAAUGCCUGCGGGCACAGGGCCUCAAUCUCAGAACGCUAGCCUAGACGUAAAGAAAACAUCUCUCGAUGAAGGGGACCCAGCCAUGAAUCAAAUACCACUACAGACCACCCAAAAGGACAACUCCACUCAUGAUAUUCAAAUAGCAUUCAACAGAAGACGCUUCACGAUCGAUGACCAGAUCGAUCAAAUGAUUGUUGAGAACGAGAGGAGGCUAAAUGCUACCAAGAGAGUGGCCGGGUUGACCCAUGGACCAAGUCAGGGAUCGCAAAAGAAGCUCUAUCAUGAAUCUGUACUCUCGCCAAGAACACUGGAGACAUUGGAGUGCUACUCCCACAGGCCUGAGUAUUAUCUAGAACAGAAUCGAUCACCCUCCGGUGAACCAGCACAUUAUAUACGAGAUUUGCCCAAACCAGCUCAUCGAAAGAAAACACUCAAGUCAUAUGAGACUACUAUCACCUUCUCAUCUGAUAUAUCAAAUGUUUACAAAUCACCGACGAAAAUAUUCGGACAGCCCGUUGUGCUUGAUGAUAACGGCAAUAUCGGUCCAAAACGAUCUAUGUGGAAUCUAGACUCUAAAGCUUGUACUCCGAACAGAUCAGCCAGAAAUGCUAAUGCAGCAGAGGGAGGUUUUGCUCUACUCAAAUAUCCCAACAUAACUACUCCUAUCAACUUAUCACAAGAUCCGGAGGUCCAACCCCAAAUUUUCGCCCGAACACAAAGUCCAAGCCACGGAAAGGACGAAGCCUUAGCCGGUAAUCCCAUGGCCAUGAUUCCUUUCCCAGCGGCUCUAUUAGAAGGAUAUGUCCGAAACGAACAACGUACUUCUAGGCAGGGCGAUAAAGAAGCCGAUUUUCUUGUACCAUCAGUAUGCUAUCGGGACAAUCUGCCUACUAUAAACAGAUUGCAAGCUAACACUACAUCGUCGCCUGAUCCGCUCUCGUUUCAAUUCUAA